UGGUCUGAAUCCGGGGUCUCAACUCACCUGACUCCGGGAUCUCAUCUCUCCUGAAUCCGAGGUCUCAUCUCGCCUGACUCUGGGGACUCAUCUCACCUAACUCCGGGGACUCAUCCGGUCUGAAUCCGGGGUCUCAUCUGGCCUGAAUCCGGGAUCUCAUCUCGCCUGAAUCCGGGGUCUCAUCUCACCUGACUCCGGGGACUCAUCUGAUCUGAAUCCGGGGUCUCAUCUCGCCUGACUCCGGGGACUCAUCUGGCCUGAAUUCGGGGUCUCAUCUGGCCAGAAUCCGGGGUCUCAACUCACCUGACUCCGGGAACUCAUCUCGCCUGAAUCCGGGAUCUCAUCUCGCCUGAAUCCGGGGUCUCAUCUCACCUGACACUGGGGUCUCAUCUCACCUGACUCUGGGGACUCAUCUGGUCUGAAUCCGGGAUCUCAUCUCGCCUGAAUCCGGGGUCUCAUCUCACCUGACUCCGGGGACUCAUCUGAUCUGAAUCCGGGGUCUCAUCUCGCCUGACUCCGGGGACUCAUCUGGCCUGAAUUCGGGGUCUCAUCUCACCUGACACUGGGGACUCAUCUCACCUGACUCCGGGGUCUCAUCUCAUCUGACUCCAGGAACUUAUCUGGCCUGAAUCCGGGGUCUCAUCUGGCCUGAAUCCGGGGUCUCAUCUCGCCUGAAUCCGGGGUCUCAUCUCGCCUGAAUCCGGGGUCUCAUCUCGCCUGACUCCGGGAACUCAUCUGGCCUGAAUCCGGGGUCUCAUCUAGCCUGACUCCGGGGUCUCAUCUCACCUGACUCCUCAUCUGGCCUGAAUCCGGGGUCUCAUCUCACCUGACUCCUCAUCUGGCCUGACUCCCGGGGUCUCAUCUCACCUGACUCCAGGGACUCAUCUCGCCUGAAUCCGGGGUCUCAUCUGGCCUGACUGGAGACUCAUCUGGCCUGAAUCCGUGUCUCACCUUGCCUGUCUUAUCUUGGAUGCUGACUUUGCCUCACCUCAUCUCCAGAUUUUGCCUUAUUUCCUCGUCUUGCCUCGCCUCAACCCAGGAUUUCGCAGGUGGUCUUGACUCAAGGUAUGGCCUCGCCUUGCCUCACCUAGAAGAAAAGAUAAUCUUUCCAUCUCUUCAGGUCUCACUCCAAGGUCUCUAUCUCUUUGUCUUGACAUCUCGACCUAUUUGUAGCCCCUGCCUUAUUUCUCAUCUCUGCCUUACAUCAAAAUCUGACCAUGCCCUUGCCUAGUUUGUCCUCUGCCAGGCCAGCAGAGGAGAACAGCCCAGAGGUCCAAGAGGGCAGUCUGGAUGCUGACAAAGCAGAUGGAGCAGAGGAGGCCUUGUGGCCUGCACGCCAGAACUUGCCCUCUGCAAUCACAACACCUCUAGCUGGCAAGGAUGACCACUCCACCAGUGGGAAAGUGUGGACUAAGAAAUGCCUGGCAUCCGAGCCUCCUAAGAGUGGAAAGGAGAAGGCAGCGGUGGAAUCUGACCAGGAGAACCUCAUUCCUCUCUCGGAGCUGACGCCGUACAUCUCCUGUUCUGUUUGCAAAGGUUAUUUAAUAGAUGCAACAACCAUUACAGAAUGUCUUCAUGCCUUCUGUAAAAGCUGCAUCAUAAAACAUUUUGAACAUAGCAACAGAUGUCCAAAAUGCAACAUUGUAGUACACGAGGCCAAACCUCAUAAUCACCUGAGGUCGGAUCCACAAUUACAAAACAUAGUCUACAAAUUAGUGGCAGGUCUAGAGGAAAAAGAAAAAAAGCAAAGGCAAGAAUUCUAUAAAGGACAUUAUUCGGAAACACCAAAACCUGAUGCUGUUCCACAGCCAGGCCCUUCAAGCAAAGAAACAACUAAGGAGUUAUGGACUAGUGCCUUAGUUCACACUAAUACGGCUUUAGUACUGGGUUCUCUGGGCACUAAUGCAGACACUGAGCAUUUUAAACCACUGAAAAUGAAGUUUGUGCGAGUCUCAGGAAACGCAACCAUUGGACUUAGAGAAAAAUUUCUCAAAAGAAAAAUGGGCCUUGCUGAAGCUUAUCGGGUAGAUAUCACAUGCGGUGGUCAGUUGCUGAAGGACUAUCAAACUCUACAAGAAGUCCAGUGUAGAGUAGGGGAUGCUGGGAUGCAGGGUGAUUUGCUAAUGCUUUAUUACAGUAUUGUGCUUUCCCCUCUGAAUGUGACUUGCUAGGGGUAGU